GAAUGUUAGAAUUUCUCUUUGUAAAUACUUUGAUUCUAAAAACUAUCAGUCUAUAUAAUGACCGAAAGUGAUAACCUCAGUGCAUUUGUUUACAUAUGACAAGCUGGAAUAUUCUUAUCAAACCAUGAUCUGAUAAUUAUUCCCUGCUCUGGCUUUUGUUAUGCAAAUGUCCCUGUGUUUACGUGGUUGUCGAGGCAGCGACUCCUAGGAGGGAAAGCAAAUUUAAGCAGACUGAAUCCUCCGUACUCGAUCUACAAACCAAUUCAAAUAUUGAUGUGAUUAGAGUAGUAAAACUGCAGUGGAAUGCAGUGAAAUUUCAGAUGAGAUUGGAAUCCUCACGAGGGAAGGCUUCAUUCAUUCUCCGAACGAAGAACGAACAUAGAAACAACUAGCACGCUACUUGAGACCGCAAGCCGUGGAUUACUAAAAAAAGAUUUAUUGUCGCUUCAUUCUACGCUUUCUUGCAGUACUAGAUAUAUUGGAUAUCAUCACUGCUAGGGGAACUGGGAUCAAAAGUACCUAUGAACUCGAGUUCGUUUCAUCCACAAAGUGUGUGUGAACUGCAGAUGUAUUUGUCUCAUCAAUUCUUCAACUAAUAGCCACUUCAUUCUCGUCAUCUCUUUGUUUUGAUCGCCCACUCGCAUGUUACAUUGUACAGAUAAUCAAAGACCUGGUUUUAUAUUUUUAUCUUAGUGGUUGGCAAAUUAUUUAGUUAUUUACAGCGACAAAGGAUGAAAUAGAUAAUGGAACUUGAGGAAAGAGAAACAAAGGAAAGGGCCAUUACUAUUGAGGAUGAAGAAAGUGAAAGGCCAAGCUCAGUACACGUCGAUCAUCUAAACCAAAGCUCCCAAAGCUAUACGUUUAGAGGAAGUCAAGAACAUCACCUGCCAAGCAUACGCAAUAUUGGCACAAAUAAAGAAGUUCUUCCUAUUAUCGACCACGCAAUUCCCACUAGAGAACUAAGUUCUCUACCAAAAACUACAGAGGAACAACCUGACAAAGUGAAAAAGAAAAAGAAGAAAAGAAAACAUGUUAGAAUGAAGGAAGACGAAGGUGAAGAGGAGAAUUUCGGGUACAAUUAUGAAAAUCUUAAAGAACUUAAUGAUGAGGUAAUUUCAUCUGGUAGAAGUAGUGGACAAAAGUUGAUAAGAAUUGAUGAGGACAUUCAUGAACGAGAACCAAGCCCUGAGGAAGGUAAAAAAGAUAUCAGGAGGGAAGCCAUAGAGCUGGCACUGAAGGGAAAAGAUAAUGGCGUUAGAGAGAAAGCAUGGCAUUAUGAUUAUGUUCUUGUGCACAAAACAGGUGAUAAUAAUAAUUCACAUGAACGGCUGAGAGCCAUCUUUGAAAAGAAGCUAUCAAAAGAAGCGUUCAAGAUUGAAAAGAAGUACACCAUAGAGUACACGUUUACUGUGUUCCACUGUCCAUUUGAGAGGUUGUGCGUUGAGGCAGAGAAUGUUGUUCUGGAGAUGCCACUUGCUGGGUAUGAAGUCCCUGAAGCACCAAGCCGUGGCUUUCUACGUCGCCUGUUAGACAAAUUUAAGACUGAUACUGAAGUUGACUUUGUCAGUGCACCUUUUUGUGUGUCUAAAAAGAGUAUCUAUGAAGGCAUUGAUAAUCCUGAUACUUUCUUCAGACCUGCAUUACGAUCCUUGCUUGUGGAUCACAUUCUAAAAAGUAUUGAUAUCAGAGAUAAAGAGACCAGGGUUCUUGGACAAAAUCGCCAGGGUCUUCGAUAUCUGCUUCUUGAAGGAGCAUAUAAGGAUGCCUUCAUUCUUCAUGAGAAAUCUAGUCUGGAUCCAAAGUUUCCACUUCCUGAUUUGGGGGAUGAUGGAACAUAUUUGUGGGGACAAGAUAUUUCAGACCCAAGAAAAUUUCUUGACAAUACAUGGCUGAAGGUUUUCAAGUUCCAGCCUUUGUGGAAGGUUAAGAACUACUUUGGGGAGCAGAUUGCAUUGUAUUUCGCCUGGUUAGGUUCGCUGACAUUUUCCCUGAUCAUUCCGAUGCUUCUUGGACUUGCAAUCUUUUUGUGGGGGCUUAUUGUAGCUGUGAAUGAGAGCCCUCUAAGAACCCCUAAUGCAACUGCCAGCACCAUCAUCAACAAGUGGGCGAAGAAGGCAUUUGAUAACAAUGCCACACCCUACUUUGCACUCAUCAUAUGUUUGUGGGGGACGAUAUUUCUAGAGUUGUGGAAGCGUACAACAGCUCGGCUAGCAUACCAGUGGGAUGUGGACAUGUAUGAAGAGCAGGAACCAAAUAGACCUCAGUUCUAUGGCACCAAAAUCAAACCGGACCCUGUUACUGGAGAGGAAGAGCCUUUUUACCCAUUUGCUCGCAGAGUGUGGAAAAUGAGUGGUUCAUUUGGCAUUUUACUUCUGAUGGUAUGUCUGGUACUUGCUAGUCUGGUCGGAGUUAUCAUUUACCGGAUCAUCGCUAGGGUAGACUUUUUCGCCAAGGAAGGGCUUCUGGGGCCAACAUUAGCAAGUUUGACGUCUACAUUUCUAAACACGUGCUCAAUCAUGUUCAUGGGCAAGGUUUAUCAAGUUCUUGCCAACAAACUUACGGAUUGGGAAAACCACCGGACUCAAACAUCCUAUGAUGACGCUCUGAUAAUCAAGUUAUUCGGCUUCCAAUUCGUCAACUCGUACACGUCGCUCUUCUAUAUCGCCUUUUUCAGGCAGCAGACUGCGAAGGACGGCAUUCUUGAUUUGGGCGCCGAGUAUAAUGACUCGUGUGGGCCUAGUAAUGAUUGCAUGACACUCCUCUCCUUGCAAGUAGCCAUGCUCAUGAUCAUGAAGCCCCUGCCCAAGACCAUCACGGACAUUAUACUGCCUUGGUUAAAGCGCAUGUGGCGUCAGGGAUGCUGUUGCUGCAGGAGUAAUAAGGUGGAAGAAGCAGGCGAAGUCAACAGUGAGAUCGAAGACUUCCUGACUUACGAGAUGCAGAAGGAACCGCUUGGUGACUUUACCCUCUCCGAGUACACGGAAAAAGUUUUGCAGUAUGGGUUUCUAAUGCUGUUCGCCGCCGCGUUCCCGCUGGCCCCGCUGAUAGCACUCUUGUCCAAUUUGAUUGACAUGAAGAUCGACGCUCGAAGGUUACUCUGGGUAAAUCGUAGACCCAUCGCCUACCGUGCCGAGGAUAUAGGUAUGUGGUUCGGUAUCUUGGAAUUCCUGAAUAUUGUGGGUGUGGUCACAAACGGCUUCCUGGUCACCUUCACCUCAGAUUACGGCAAAAACUGGGAGGAAUACAGUAACGUGUCUACCUCCAAUACCACCCUCGACCCCACCACCAACACUACCAUUAUAAUGACAAAGGAAAUAACCCUCAGUCGCUUAUGGCUGCUAAUUGGAUUUGAGCAUAUCGUGUUCACCAUCAAAUACCUGAUCCAGUGGUUAAUCCCUGAUGUUCCCGCAGACGUGAGACUUGCGCAGAGGAGGGAAAAGCAUCAUGUUGCAAACAUCCUCUCGCGCGCAGGCGUACGCAAAGGCCCGGGCAAGAAACUCACACAGUCAACCGGCACAUACCGCAGGCUCACGUCUAGAGAGGAUAACACUAAGGAUGAGCCCGUAGUACAGAAUUCAGCGGGUGUACCAGUCUCUCCCGGGGCCCCGGAGACAAAUCCGCGGCGAGACAGGCAGCCCGGUGUAGGAGUUUUACUAGACCCUUUGCCUACAAGCUACACAUCAAAAGUGAAAAACGACAUGGUGCAUAAACUUGUCUAGGAUAGCUUUUUUAUACAUUUUAAGUAGGAAUACUAUUUCGGAUUUUACAGUUCAAAUAAUGUAGCAAAUAUAUUUAUGGUAAAAACCAUUUAGAUAUAACAUGUCACGAAAAACCCGAGGGAAUUAAUGGGAUGGUUUUGUAAAAGCACAAAUAAAUAUAAUAGUAUAACAAACAUCUAUAAACUGUACAUAAACUAUAUCUUACAUGUGCGCAUAAAACAUUCACCUAGAUGUAUACUAUCAUAAAAUGGCAUGCACGAUGUAUUUUUUAUACAAAAAUAGAGAUAAUAAAAGUUUUGAAAUAUAA